CCAACUCGCCCCUAUUCUAACACAACGAGUACGAAAUUUGCCAAGUCUUGUAAAGUGAGUGCACAGAAUGGAUACGAUUCAGGAUGAAAACGCAGUUCUCAAGGAAGGGUUUCUAGUGAAAAGGGGGCACAUUGUGCACAACUGGAAGGCGCGCUGGUUUGUUCUCCACACGGACAGGCUUCUGUACUACAGAUACGAAGGGGGGAAGCGGGAGUCCUAUCCCAGAGGCAAGGUCAUCCUCGCGGAAUGCAAAGUUACCUGUCCCUGCCUAGAAUACGAGAACAGACCGAUGGUGAUUAAAUUAAAGACACAGAAACUGACGGAGUAUUUCCUCGAAGCGUGUUCUCGGGAGCAGCGCGACUCGUGGGCGUCCAGCAUCACAGCGGCUAUCCAGAUGCUACACCCUUCGCAAGCUCCGAAACCAGAUCCGGAGCACUCGCCCAUACAACUGAACAACAUCAGCUUGAACCAGGUGGUGGAUUCAAUGCAUGACGCUCACAGUGGGAUCAAACUAAUGAACCACAUAGAACAAGGCAGCUCUUUCAAGCAGUGUUUCACAGGCUCCGCUCUGGUCGACUGGUUGGUCUCUCUCAAUUUUGUGAUGACUCGUUUUGAAGCUGUGACGCUGUCCUCCGCGUUGAUGGAUGAGAGCUUUGUGAAACCCAUAGGGAUUAAGAGUAUCGAGGCGAUCAGGAGCGGGGGGCUGUCCGAUCAGUUUCUCGAUGACUCUACGGCGCUAUACACCUUCAUGGAGCGCUGCAAGAGGAAAGCCAGCAUGAAGCAUGAAAUCAGUCUCUCGGCAGUGGAGCUCAGCGGAAGAGUUGUGAUUCAGGCCUAUUUAUUAAAGCAGGUGAGUUUUAAUCCACAGCAGCAAUCCUCAAUUCUCUGUACAGCGAGAAGCACAUUAUAACUAUUC